UCAUGUUCCUAUAUAUGUACUACUUAAACCACAAAUUCUCUGAGCACACAACAUAAAAUUUUAUUAUUGGAUCACCAUCUCAUUUAAUUUGUAACUCCCACCCACCAUCAGGAUAUGGAAGGCUUGGCAUCACUUUCAGUGAAAUCUAUGCUUCCCACUUCUUGUUGUAAUAUUGCCAAAACCAAAGAGUAUCUUGUUGAUAUAGAGAAGAGAGAGGUCAAAGAAGGAGAUGAGGAUCAGUUUCAGGACAAAAAACAAACUCUGCUUCUUAAACUCACAGAAACCGUAUCAAGAAACCAGAUUUCAAUAGUAGCACGUGGUUAUGUUAAUAGCGUCAUCAAGGAAAUUCUCAAAUUCUAUGAUCAUCUUAUCAGCCUCAACAAUCUUCGUGGAACAAAACUACUCUGCAGGAUUUCAGUUUUAAUUUCUGUUGAGGCGAGUAACAUAGUGAGAUCAAUAAAAGGCUUGCUCAAUCCAUCUCCUCCUCCUCAACUUCCAGACCAGACAGAUAUUACAAUAAACGAUCAGGUAAUAAGACCGACUAGUCCAACGGCGCCGGCGGGAAUUCCGAAACGCAAGGAUUAUUACGGCAUGAAUUUCAAACUGCAGGCCGAAAACUUGAUGCUAGUCCUGGCAAUGCUGACGGCGGCUGCGACCUUCUCCGCCGCGUGCGCCUUCGCCGGCGCGGUUUCCAAGGACAGUGAGACGGCGGGGAGGGAUUUCUCGAGCCUCGCAGGCCCCUUCGUGCUGUUGAAUUCCACGGGGUUUAUAGCUUCCGUGGCGGUUAUUAUGUCGGUGUUGAAUGAGGUGCCGCUGAAACCGUGGCCGCAGAUAUCGGUGUUUUGUUGGUUCGGGUCGUACAUGUGUUUGAUGAUGAAGGUGUCGCCGCAUGAAGCUCUGCUUCUGCUAUGUGUCUCUGUUCCGUUGCUUCUGUUGGCGGUUACGGGGAAGUUAUUCAAAUUCUCACAAUGAGUUUGCCAUUUCUUAUAUUACAUAUAAACUUAUCUUCCAUAGAGGAUCAAUAUAUAUAUAUGACGAGUUUUUGUGUCUGAGUCUUAUUACUCAAGAAAAGUUGGAGAAGAUUGUGGAGAUGGAGCUUUGGGGA